AUGACAAAUGACAGUACUCUGGAUAAUGAUUUAUUGAAUGAUGAUCUUGACCUCCACUUACUUGAAAAAGCGGAAUAUGAGCUAAUGGAGAAAAAGAACUCUCAACGGAGAAUCACUCAUCAUGAGGUUGAUGAAUCGAAUCUUGCAACCUACAUAUAUCCAACUAAUCUUCAAGUUCGAGAUUACCAGUACAAUAUUGUGUAUAGAGCCAUAUUUGACAAUGUUCUUGUGGCCUUACCAACUGGUUUGGGGAAAACAUUCAUUGCCAGCACUGUCAUGCUCAAUUUUCUCCGCUGGUUUCCACGCCUGAAAAUCAUAUUUAUGGCGCCCACAAAACCUCUCGUGGCGCAGCAGAUCAAAGCAUGUUGUGGUAUCACUGGGAUAUCUUCUUCACAGGUGGCUAUUCUUUUAGAUAAAACGCGAAAGAAUAGGUCAACAAUAUGGAAUGAGAAGCAAGUAUUCUUCACGACUCCUCAGGUAGUUGAAAAUGACUUAACAAGAGGUAUAGUUAACCCCAAAGAUGUCGUGUUACUCGUUAUCGAUGAAGCUCAUCGCGCCAGAGGCAAUUAUGCUUAUAAUAACGUGGUUAAGUUUUUGAACAGAUUCAACAACUCCUUCCGAAUACUAGCAUUGACUGCAACUCCAGCCUCUGAUGUCGAUGGGGUCCAGGAAAUCAUUGAUAACCUAUGCAUUUCGAAGGUUGAAGUUCGAACAGAAAGAAGCAUUGAUAUUUUCAAGUAUUUGAAACGGAAGGUUAUUGAAAGAAUCACAGUCAGCCCUUCUCCUGAAAUUGUGGACGCCAUUGACAUGAUAUGUCAAGCUAUAGAGCCAAUUUUGGAAACCGCAAACCAGAGAAAGAUUUAUGAGAUUACAGAUCCAGCUAAGAUUAAUGCGUUUGCCGCCCUCGACGCUCAGCAAAAGAUUAUCAAAAAUCCAAACAUUCCAGAGGGUCUAAAGUGGUCAAAUUAUUUCAUUUUGCAGCUACUAGUUGUUGUAGGUCAAUGCUUUCGACGUCUUAACAUCUAUGGCAUCCGGAGUUUCUACAGCUACUUCUAUGACAAGUACACGGAGUUCUCUACGAAAUACAACAACAAAAAGUCUACCAACCAUCUAGCUGCAAAGUUCUACUUUCAUAGCUCUAUUAAAGGGUUGUUGCACAAGUGUGAGGGUCUUGUGAAAGAUCCCACUUUCUUGGGGCAUCCAAAACUAGAAGUGCUAAUAUCAGAACUCACAAGCUUCUUCGAGAACACAAACAAUUCAAAUUCUAGAGUAAUCGUUUUCACAGAAUUUCGUGAAUCCGCUCUUGAUAUUGUUAGAGCUUUGGAGGCCAAAGGAGAUCAUUUGAAACCUCAUAUUUUCAUUGGGCAAGCGAAGGAAAAAGAAAAGUUUGAUGAAGAAAAGUUCUUAAAAAAGGGUAAAAAGUCAAAAGGAAAGGACAAAAAACAAAACUCAGAGCAGAAGCAGAUGCUUGAAAGACCAGGAAGUUCUUCAGAACGGGCUCAAAUUAGUGGAAUGAACCAAAAGAUGCAGAAGCAAUUGAUCAAAGACUUUAAGAAGGGAUCCUACAACAUUUUGGUCGCAACAUCUAUUGGUGAGGAAGGUUUGGAUAUUGGUGAAGUUGAUCUCAUUGUUUGCUAUGAUUCUACAUCGUCUCCCAUCAAGAAUGUGCAGAGAAUGGGUAGAACAGGUCGUAAUAGGGAUGGAAAAGUUCUUUUGUUGUUUUCUAGCAACGAGGAACUGAAAUUCGAUAAGGCGAUGGGAGGAUAUGAAUAUAUUCAACAACACAUCAUAAACGGUAAUAUGGUUACUUUGCAUGAUCAGAACAGAAUUCUUCCUCCAGGAAUAACUCCUGUUGCGGAAGAAAAGUUAAUCGAAAUCCCCAAAGAGAAUGAAGAUAUCAAGGCUGAAGACGAUGAAGAUGAAAUCAUCAAAAUUGCCACGAAGUACAUGACCAAAACUAAGACUAAACUGAACAAACUUGAUGCUAAGAAGGGACCGAAAACGCCAGCUCCAAAAGCACAGAAGCAGUUUUUCAUGCCAGAAAACGUCAACCAAGGGUUUACUCCUGUAAGUACAAUGCUAAAAAGAAGAGGUGAAGAUGAAAGUAUUCGAGAUAAACGACAGCGUUUGAAUUCGGAAAAGGAAGACAAGAGAGACCCUGAUAUUCUAGACUCGUUUCUUGAUUCCGAUAACGAUCAUGAUUUGUUACAGACUGGGUCCAACAAUGAAUCAGCUGGUCUACUGAAUGACUAUGAAAAUGGUAAACAUCUUGAGCAGAAUCCCACAUAUGGCGACUCAGAACGAAUUUCCAAUAAAUCACUGCUACCAAUUGUACUGAACGAGAAUCUCAAUUCUAGCGACCUGUCGCAAGUGGGAAAAGAAAUUGAAUAUGAACAUAAUGCCGACCCACUGAAGAGACAAUUGACGAUUGUCGACCAACUUCAAGCUGUACAGAAAAGAUCAUUCAGUGAUGACGCUAACAAUGAUAACGGUGACGAUGCAUUUGAUGAUGACGACGAUGAAAUAUUGGCCUUAGCACGGAGUUCUUCUUUUAGCUUUCCCCAGAGCUCAUAUGGUGUUACAGCAGAGGAAUCGAACCUUGUCCCGAUUUUCACUCAAAAUGAAGGCUUUUUAACGGAUGAGCAGAAUCUGGAGUUGUACUUGAGCUACUACGUCCCUACAGAUGCGAGCGCCCUUGCUGAGUGUUAUGUUCCUCUGCGAACUCCUCAGAGAGGCGGUAGAAUUGGACAUGGAAAAGUUUCUCUCUCAAUACUCAAAUCCCAAGAAUAUAUGGAGAAGACCAAUCGGCAAGACAAAAGGGAUCUCCUUGAGGUAUAUAAGGAAGUUGAUACACUGGCUCCCACGUUAGGAGAAUUUAUAGAGUUUUAA